AUGCCGGCACUGGUCCCCGUCGGAACACCCUUAGACUCGCCCACUCUUCGCGGUAAUAUAUUGAGGGCCCUUAUGCAUUCCCUACAACCGGCAACUACGCCGCGUUGCAAGACAAGUAUCGCUCUUUUGGUACCAAAGUAUCUUGACGAGGAAGCGCUCUUGUGGCCCAGGGAAGACGAUGCUGCUAAAGCCGAUUACUGUACCGCGGCUAAACACAGGGCGUUUGAAGCAUCCGACAAGCCACAGCCCAAGCAGAAUCAGUCUGACGUCUCACAAGAGGCAUUACAUAGCGCGUUAGUUGGCUCUGGAUUUACAACCUUUUUCGACCCCAGAGUUAUUGGUAGAUAG